CGGCCAAACCGCGCAACUCUGCACAUAAAUUACGCAAAACGCAUCAAUUAUCGAUUCUCCAUUUCCAUCUUUCCCUCAACUGGUUCUCCAAUUCUGCCCAUAUUUUUUAAACAAAGUCAGCAAAAAAAGUAAACAAUGCCGGAAAUUCGACGUCAUAUCCUGUCAGUGGCCUUUCCGGCGUUCGGGCACAUUAUUCCGCAGAUGGAGUUUAUCAAGAGGCUGGUGGAGGAGGAUACCUCUUUGUUGGUGACCUUUGCCGUAUCGGCGGUCAAAGUGGAGGAGACGCGACAGCGUGGUUUAAUCCCAAACAGCCUGAAGGAUAAUAUUCGGCUGUUUCCGUUAAAUGACAAAAUUCGCGCUGAUAUUGAUGUGGAUCCCGGAGUUAAUCACAAAAUGGAGAUUAAAAAUGGUAUGGAACAGGCACUCAAAUACCUAUUCGAUACCAUCCCCACCGCCGACGUUCGCGAUGUCAUCGAGGUACACAAAUCAGCGGAUCAGCCCCUGAUGAAUCCCUUCUUCGAGCCCGUUCAAGCCGUCAUCACGGACAGCUUCGUCGGCCUGCCGGCUAAACUGUGCAGGGCCCGUGGGAUUCCCUGUUAUAUGUUUACCACAUCCUGUGGUUUUACCGUCCCAAUGUUUCUCACCAUUAACGAAGAAAUCCCGGUGGCCCCCGACGAGACCUACUACCUACCGGCCCCGCCCGGCAACCCCUUGCCGCUGCAGCAAUCCAUGAAGGAUUUCCUGCUCUUUACCAAAGAAAUGCUGCAGCUAUCCACCGGCGUCAUCGCCAACUCCUUCCGCGAGCUGGAACCGGCGGCCGUCGGGAUGAUCGCCGGCAACCCGGUGUUCGAGGAGCUCCCGGUGUUCUUCACCGGACCGUUGAUUCCCCAGGAGAAAACCAGUGGCGAGGCAGCGGAAAAGGUCAUGGAAUGGCUAGACGCGCAGUCAGACCGCUCGGUGGUAUGCGUUUCUUUCGGCUCCAUGGUCUUCCCAUCCGUGGCGCAGUUACGUGAGUUAGCCGUAGCGUUGCGCAGUCUGCAGCGGCCGUUUAUCUGGUCGUUGAAGCCGGAACAACAGCGCUGUCUCCCGGACGAUCUCCAGCGUCAUAUCGCGCAGCAGUUCCACUCCGUGGAGAAGCAACCGUUCCUGAUUGCGCCGUGGAUUCCGCAGACGGCGGUGCUGAAGCAUUCGGCUUGCGGAGUCUUCGUCUCGCAUUGUGGGUGGAAUGGGACGCUGGAGGCAGUGACGGCCGGGGUUCCUCUUGUUGGAUGGCCGUUGUAUGGGGAUCAACCUCUGAAUGCCGGUUUCGUUGCAGAACGGGAAGUGGGCGUGGUGGUGCCCAAUACGUCAUUGCGGGGAGAAGAUAUUUGCGCGGCGGAGAAUAUUACGAAGCUUAUUCAGAAAGUGGGCAACUGGGACAAAAACGGCGAUGAGAAAUAUUACAAGAGUAUUAAGCAGCUGAGUGAGGUUGCUGGGAAAGUCUGGGACAAGGAAGGAAGUUCUCGGAAAGAUUUUGAAAAAUUUCGCAAGCACUUGUUUGGAUGAUUUCGAAUACCCGCAAAGGCUAAUAAGUGCCUUUGGUUUUCUAUGUUUUUUAUUCACACUUCUUGUUUGAUUUAAUUGCUUCAUGCGUGGCACGAAAUCUUACAACGUAAAAGUUUGGAAACACA